AUGUCCUCUGUCGUAAUGCGGUUUACUCUAAGAGCUUCAUUUUCAUACCUAGUUAUAUUCCCGGAAUGUGGACCGAUGCCUUGGUUACGUGACCUAACCUAUUUGAACGCUAAAUUCUCCAUACUCGAACUUGAAAUAUUGCCAAAAGUUCUUGAGAACUGCCCAAAACUGGAGUCUCUCAUAUUGGAAGUGGUGAAAAACACGCGUCAUAAUAUGAACACAGAACCAUAUAUGAUGUUUUCAACAGUGCCUUCGUGUUUGGUAACAUCGCUCAAGUAUGUGGAACUGAAACGUUUGAUCUCAAAGUAUGAAGGAGAAAUAGAGCUGGUAAGAUACUUGCUGAAGAAUUCAACAGUCCUGGAGAAACUAAAGCUUGAUACUCACUAUUCGAAAAAGGCAAUGAGUGCUUUCCUUAAAGAAGUCGUUGCAAUGCCAAGAUCCUCAAGCGCUUGCGAAGUCAUUGUUCCCUAA